CUUUUCUUCUCUUCGAGCUCCGAAGCGAAACUCCUCGCUCUCCUGCUCCAUCCAGCGUAGGCAGGAAAAGGGGCAAGGAAACCAGAAAAAAAGCCCUAGAUCAAACGGUUCUGGUCAAUCAGUCUCCGGGCCGACGAUGUCGUCGACGCUUCUGGAAGUAACCCGGUCGGCACACGAGGAAGUGGAGCGGCUGGAGCGGCUCGUGGUGAAAGACCUCCAGCGAGAGCCGUCCUCGAACCGGGACCGCCUCUACCAAAACCACCGCGUCCGUACAAUGAUCGAUUCUAUCAUGUCCACCACUGAAAAACUCAUUGAGGUAUACGAAGACAAAGAUAACGCAAGAAAAGACGAGAUUGCUGCUCUCGGAGGGCAGACGGCAGGCGGUGGAACAAACGUCUUCAGCGCAUUCUACGACAGAUUGAAAGAGAUCCGUGAGUACCAUAGACGCCAUCCAGCUGCCCGUGUCAUUGAUGCCACUGAUGAAUAUGAAGAUCUACUCAAAGAAGAACCGCGCAUUGAAUUUAGUGGCGAGGAAGGUUUUGGUCGAUACCUGGAUAUGCAUGAAUUGUUUAAUGAGUACAUCAACUCUAAAUUUGGAGAGAACAUUGAAUACUCUGCUUACUUGGAUGUGUUUCCACAAACACAUAAGAUUCCCAGGAAUCUGAAGAUGACAAGGAAGUACAGGGACUAUUUGGAGCAUUUUCUGGAGUAUCUAAUAUCUUUUUUCAUGCGGACAGAACCCUUGCAAGACCUGGAUAGAAUUUUUCAAAAGGUUGAGACUGAAUUUGAGGAGCUCUGGGCAGAUGGUAAGGUACUUGGUUGGGAAAACAAGGGUUUAGAAAAUGGACAUCUUUCUUCUCAGGAGUCUGUAAUUGAUCUUGACUACUACAGUAGUGUUGAAGAGCUACUGGAAGUUGGUCCGGAAAAGUUAAAAGAGGCACUAGCAGCUCUAGGACUAAAAACAGGUGGUACAAUUCAGCAACGUGCAGAGAGGCUUUUUCUUACAAAGCACACUCCUCUCCAGGAACUGGACAGAAAACAUUUUGCCAAGGGCUCACGUGAUUUAGAGAAAAAUAAUGCUGCUUCACAGGAAGAUAGUUCUGCAAAAGAAAUUGCCCUGAUGGAGGUUAAGAUCCAAAGGCUAUGUGAAUUGUUAAAUGAGACGAUAGCGCAAACUAAAGAAAACGUUGAAAAGAAACAGGCUUUGACAUAUGAGGAAAUGGAAGCAGAGCGUGAAGAGGAAGUGAUACAAGCUGACACUGAAAGUGAUGAAGAAGAACAGCAGAUCUAUAAUCCUCUCAAGUUGCCAAUGGGUUGGGAUGGCAAGCCUAUUCCCUAUUGGCUUUAUAAGCUUCACGGUCUUGGGCAGGAAUUCAAGUGUGAAAUAUGUGGGAACCACAGCUACUGGGGACGAAGGGCUUUCGAGCGUCACUUCAAGGAGUGGCGCCAUCAGCAUGGAAUGCGUUGCCUUGGUAUUCCAAAUACCAAGAACUUCAAUGAAAUUACAUCAAUUAAGGAGGCAAAGGAGCUGUGGGAGAGAAUACAAGAGCGGCAAGGCCUGAAUAAGUGGAGGCCUGAACUUGAGGAAGAGUAUGAAGACAAGGAGGGCAACAUCUACAACAAGAAGACGUACACUGAUCUGCAACGGCAAGGCCUCAUUUGAGUAGCGGUCCACCAAUAUCCAAUUUCACUCUUUUUUUAAUUUGGUGUAGCAUUUAGUCGGAUGUAGACAAAAUUUAUGAGGCUGAUCAAGUGUUUUGUCCUGUUAUCAUUUGAUGGGGGGGGGUUUCUUGAUGUACUUGUAAAAAUAGAAGAAAGACUAGGUACUGACAAGCAACAUCUAGGGUACAGUGCGGAUGUAAAAAAGCAGCAGAAUUGAGCUGGGAAGGGGUUUGGAAAGGUGCACCAAAUGCAGCAUCAAAAUCAAUCUUGGCGACUGGUUCUUGCUGGGGUGUUGUUUUAUUGCCUUCUAUUUUAGAGAGUGAGAGAACCGAAAGUACCCUUGUGUAAGGCAUCGUAUCGAUGUGAUGUUACACUAAAUUCUGUAUUGAAAGAAAUUUCUUUUCAAUUCUGCUUAAACAGGACUUCCAUUUAAACUCAA